UCGCAACUUUUCGAUAAGGAUUCGUCUUGAUGCAACUUCUUAUUGGAAAGACCAAUGGAUGCAAGAACUGUUACAGAAAUCCCAUAGUCGGUAUCAUUUUAAGAACUUGACAAAAUAGUGUGGAGAAAAGAGAUGGCUGUUGCGGGUAAAACUGGAAACUUGCUUGAACGCCUGGUAAGAGAAGGAUCCUUUAAAUGGUUGCUUGGCAAGAGCAGUUAUUUUGACGAAGAAUUUGAGGAGAUGAGAAACUCACCAUCUGCUGGGAGCAAUUGGAUACACGAGCUCUCUCCAAUUGCUAACAUAGUUGUUCGUAGAUGCUCCAAAACCCUUGGAAUCUCUUCAAGUGAGCUUCAAGAGGGCUUCGAUCAAGAGGCUUCUGAUUCUAUAAAGCAACCAUUGCGAUUUGCAAGAAAUUUUUUGGAAUAUUGCUGCUUCAGGGCACUUGCUUUGUCAGCACAAGUGAGUGGUCAUCUGCCUGAUAAAAUGUUCCGACGCUUGACAUAUGACAUGAUGAUAGCCUGGGAGAUCCCAGAUGCUGCUGACCGACCUUUAAUUAAUGUGGAUGAGGACAUAUCAGUUGGUUUAGAAGCUUUCUGUCGAAUAGCUCCUGCAGUUCCAAUCAUUGCUAAUGUCAUCAUAAGUGAAAAUAUUUUUGACGUGCUGAGUGCAUCAACCGGUGGACGCCUAAAGUUCUCUGUCUAUGACAAGUACCUAAGUGGUCUAGAAAGAGCAAUAAGAAAAAUGAGGAGCAAUUCAGACUCAUCUCUACUCUCUGCCCUUCGAUCAUCUAGAGGUGAGAAGAUUCUGGAGGUUGAUGGAACAGUCACUACACAACCAGUGCUUGAACAUGUAGGAUUAUCUGCAUGGCCAGGCCGGCUAAUCCUGACAGACCAUGCACUUUAUUUUGAAGCACUUCUUGUUGUAAAAUAUGACAAGCCAAAGAAAUAUGAUUUAGCGGAUGAUCUAAAACAGGUCAUUAAACCUGAGAUGACUGGGCGAUUGGGUACUCGACUUUUUGACAAGGCAGUCUUCUAUAACUCAGCAUCCCUAUCAGAACCAGUUGUUAUGGAAUUUCCAGAGUUUAAAGGUCAUGCUCGUCGUGAUUACUGGUUAGCUAUCAUACAAGAGAUUCUGUUUGUUCAUAAAUUUAUAAACAAGUAUAACAUCAAAGGAGUUGCUCGCAAUGAAGUACUUUUGAAGGCUGUUUUAGGAGUUUUGCGUUUACAAGCCAUUCAAGAUAUUAGCUCUGCAAUCCCUAAAGAGUUCAAGGCUCUUCUGAUGUUUAAUCUUUGCGAUCAACUUCCAGGCGGAGACUUGAUAUUAGAAUCCUUUGCAAAUAUGUCAAACUUAAGGGAUUUAGAUUGCAGCAGUGAUUCUAGGGCUGGAAGUGUAAUGAAUUCCAUCUCAGCUUUAGACAUGGUUCCUAACUUGGGAUUUGUUUUUGGUACAAGUACAAACACCUCCAAAGAAAGCAGGCUUGCUGUGGGCGAGAUAUCUGUUGGAGAAAUGACUUCAUUGGAAAAGGAAGUUAAAGAAUCAAAGAGCAACUACAAAAAGGUAGAAUCUGCAAAGGCAACAGUUGAUGGAGUUAAAGUUGAUGGUAUUGACACUAACUUGGCUGUCAUGAAGGAGCUACUUUAUCCCAUAGAUGAACUUGGGAAGUCUCUUAAAUCUUUAGCAUAUUGGGAUGAUCCGUGGAAGUCUCUGGGACUCUGUUUGGUCUUCAUUUAUAUUAUCUCCAGGGGAUGGAUUGGGUAUGCGGUAGCACUGAUGCUUCUGUUCCUUUCAGCUUUUAUGAUAAUGACAAGAUAUUUUAGCCAGGGUAGGCCUGUGGAAGGAGUUAAAGUAAUAGCUCCUCCUCCAAUGAAUACCAUGGAGCAGCUUCUGGCUGUUCAGAAUGCCAUCACUCACGGCGAACAGUUGGUGAAGUAUGGUAACGUCAUUUUGCUCAAACUACGUGGCUUAUUUCUCUCUAUUUUCCCUCAGGCCACGGAGAAGUUUGCCUUUGCUCUUGUAGCAACGGCCUUGGUUCUGGCUUUGUUGCCCAGUAAAUACAUAGUUCUAGUUGUGUUUUUGGAGAUAUUCACAAGGUAUUCGCCGCCAAGAAAAGCUACCACGGAGAGACGGUCCAGGAGACUCCAGGAAUGGUGGUUCAGUAUACCUGCGGCGCCUUUUGUGCUUGAAAGAGAUAACGACGACAAGAAAAGGAACUAGUGUCCCCAAGGAUGAAAUUCUUUGUCAUGUUCUGUACAUACGCUUGUGUAGCGUUUCUUGAAUACUUUUGGCUAAUUGCAGUUUUGCCUUAAACCAUGUUUACAGAUCAAUUAUAUCUAAAUCACUCCCUCAAUCGAACAUCAUAAAACAUUAUAAUUUAUUUUA